AGGAAGCGUGUAAGGCGGAAUCACUACAAGCAGCUGUAAUGCUCUCAGGACUUGUAAUUUAAGCCUGACAGGAUUUCAUAUUCGUUCACACCUCGGAGGCGUGUGAAUCUGAAUAAUGCGUUUUAAGAUCGACUCGGAUCAAAGAUGCAAUGGCGGUCAAUAGUCGUAGGUCUGGUGGUUCUGAGACUUUCCCUCAGCUGUGUACUGUGGCUAGCUUUCGGACUCGGUCCUAGCGUCAGCUGGGGAUUCAACUUCCCCCUCGGUUUCAGUUUGCACAAAUUCGACUUGUUAUUUAGGGAGGAAAAGGGGACAGACCAAGUGGGCAGCUCGUGGUCUCAACGAUUACAGGGCCCCAGAUAUGAAGUGCCCGCCAGCACCUGUGCAAGGGUGGGAGAGGAGUCACCCAAGAGAUCCUACCUGAGCUUCUUCGACGGGAAUAAGGACGAGUAUGUCCGGAGGUACAGCUCCUUCCCGGACACGCUGCGAGAGAAAAUGAAGAGCAUGGCCAAAGAAAUGUUUUAUUUUGGGUAUGACAACUACAUGAAAUAUGCCUUCCCCAUGGACGAGCUGAACCCCAUUGACUGUGAGGGGAGAGGACCUGACGUGCUGAACCCAUCAAACAUCAACAUCAAUGAUGUCCUGGGGAAUUAUUCCCUCACACUGAUCGACACCUUAGACACCCUGCUUGUGCUGGGAAAUGUAAGCGAGUUCCAGAGAGCUGUCAAGCUGGUGAUAGACACUGUAUCUUUUGACAAGGACUCAACUGUGCAAGUUUUUGAGGCAAACAUCAGGAUCUUGGGAAGCCUUAUUUCAUCUCACAUCCUGCUGACUGACCCAAAACAUCCGUUUGGAAAGGUGGGCUUUGAAGAUUACGAUAAUGAGCUGCUUCACUUGGCUCAUGACUUGGCUGUCCGCUUACUGCCAGCCUUUGAGAACACCAGAACAGGCAUUCCUUACCCCAGGGUGAACUUAAAGACUGGGGUUCCUCCAGAUAGCAUCAAUGAGACUUGCACUGCAGGAGCAGGGUCUCUGUUGGUGGAGUUUGGGAUUUUGAGUCGACUGAUUGGUGAUUCCACCUUUGAAUGGGUUGCCAGACGAGCUGUGAGAGCUCUGUGGAACCUGAGGAACAAUGAAACCGGUCUGUUAGGGAAUGUAGUAAACAUCCAAACAGGACAGUGGGUGGGCAAACAGAGUGGUCUGGGAGCUGGUAUGGACUCCUUUUAUGAGUAUUUGCUCAAAUCGUACAUCCUAUUCGGAGAGAAAGAGGACUACAGAAUGUUCCAGGCUGCUUAUGAGAGCAUUCAAAACCACAUGAGGAGAGGGAGAGAGUCAUGUAAUGAAGGAGAGGGGGACCCACCCCUCUAUGUGAAUGUGAACAUGUUUAGUGGUGAGAUCAUGAACACCUGGAUCGACUCCCUUCAGGCUUUCUUUCCUGGGCUGCAGGUGUUGAGUGGUGAUGUUGAUAAUGCCAUUUGCCUGCACGCCUUCUACUACGCCAUCUGGAAGCGCUUCGGUGCUCUGCCGGAGAGAUACAACUGGCAGCUGCAGGCUCCUGAUGUGCUCUUCUACCCUUUAAGACCAGAGCUGGUUGAGUCGACCUACCUGCUGUACCAGGCGACCAAAAAUCCUUUCUAUUUACACGUAGGAAUGGAUAUUCUUCAGAGCCUUGAGAAAAAUGCCAAAGUCAGAUGUGGGUAUGCCACUCUGCACCACGUGGUGGACAAAUCCAAAGAGGAUCGCAUGGAGAGCUUCUUCCUCAGUGAAACAUGCAAAUACCUUUACCUGUUGUUUGAUGAGGACAACCCACUUCACAGAUCGGAUAACAAGUACAUCUUCACCACUGAGGGCCAUGUGGUGCCGAUAGAGAGGCGCUUCAGGGAGAAACAAUGGAGUGACUUGUUUCCUUGUGAAGAGGGGAGGCUGGCAGAAAGAGAGCCAAACAGCCGGCCAGCACCAAGCAACAUCACAAACUGUAACAGAAUACCAGAAGAGCGGCGCUACACGCUGCCGUUAAAGAGCAUCUACAUGAGGCAGAUCGACCACAUGGUCGGGCUCUUCUGAGAAUGAAGAUUCCUCUGGUGACUCUGGCAUGAACAGGCCUUCAGCACACACCCUCCUCUCAGGUGCUUAUGUUAAAGAGGAUCCAGUCGUGAUCAAAGUCUUCAUCCCAGCUGUUAAGGCUGACACUAAACUGAACCUGAGAAAAAAGCUUGAUCCCAUGCUGUAUUCAUCAAAAGUGUGUUUAUGUGAGUAUUUUUGCUCUGAGCCAGCAGAACAAUUUUUCUUCUGGAAAAAUGGAGAGCAAUGCAUCACUGCUUCAUGGCUGGAGGAGAACUGGGGUCGUUUUAGUGAUUUUAGAGGAACUUUUCAGAGCAGAAAAUCUCUCAAGGUGUUGGGUCAGAUUUGAGUGCGUAUACAUGGUGUGUCUGUGAGUGUGUGUAUGUUUUGAAAUUACAGCUGAGCUGUGAAUCAUAGUUCUGUGUUAAUGGGAACAGUGCCAUCUAGCCACACAUAUUUAAAAUGUAUAGCCUUUAAAAACACCCACGUCGCUAAAUAUGAUGAUUAGUGCCUCUCUGCGGUGGACUCUCUCGACUCUAACAGUAAUUCAACAAAAGGGCUGCACAUGAACAAACAAUUACACAAUAACAAGGAGCUGCAGGAGGGCUUACGCUGUUUUAAAGUGCCUUCAGUUUUUACUCUGUGGAUGCUACAAAGUGCAUGCUAGUCGUCAUGGAGGACAUAAAGAAAUAGAUUUUGAGGCCGUGGUUGAUUAUGCACAAAUUAUGUCAUUCCAUGUCUGUGUUCUGUUUUACACUGAUUAUGACUUUAAGUUUAUUUUUUAGACAAAAAGCCAUAAAAUGUAUUAUUAUUAUGUUUUUGAGUGAAAACAUGUUUAUUUCCAUCUUAUUUCAGACACAGAUUCUCCUGUCAUAUAAAGCUGAAAGUUCAUGUUUUCUGUUUCUCAUAAUUGCACAUCAUAAUAUCUGAUCAUUGUCAUGUGGUGAGAACUCAGGGUUUUAAAAAAAUCAGUGAACGCUUUCAUAUGAAAUAAAAAUCUCUUCAAAUG